UGUGUUCUGCCAGAUAUAAACAUGACGUCAUGUCGAUCGUUGUAGUCGUCUGCACUGCAUUUUGAUGAGUUGAGGUGCUUUGUUUCUCUGAGGAAACGACUGUGUUAGUUUAUCGUCCGCCCAGAUAAAGCUCUGCUCUGUCUCUGCUCAGUGUCGGUUUCGAUUUUCGAACGACGUGACAGUGACAAUGGCUCCUGAACUGAAAAUGGCUCCUUUGCGGAGACUCGACGACUUCCUCUUGAAUUCUGCCCGUUAUCAACUUCCUAACUUUUCGGACAUUGAUAAAUGGGGAAACAGAGUCACUAACAACUUUUUGUAUUACCAAACAAAUUACUUCCUCUUGGCGAUCAUGAUUUUCCUGCUAGUCGCAGUCAUUCAUCCCAUUGAAAUGUUAAGCGGUAUGACUGCAAUGGUGCUAGCAUUUGGUUUAUUCUAUUACUUCACCAAUGCAAAGCCUGAGGCUGAUCGCUUCAAAAAGGAACAUCCCCUCUUAAGUGUUGGUCUGAUGCUGACUGUUGGCUACUUCUUUGUGUAUGUAAUUGGCGGAGUCAUGGUUUUUGUUUUUGGAACAUUGCUUCCUAUUUUUGUGGCUUUCAUCCAUGCUUCAUUACGCAUGAGAACAAUCAAAAACAAGAUAGUCAACAAAAUCGAAGGACUUGACGUAUUCCAGAAAACACCCAUGGGCUACUUUCUUGAUUCCCUCGUAGAAGAAGCGAAUGCAGUAGAAGUCGACUUCGAAACACAACUUAUGAGGAAAGCUAAGGGGCUGCUCCAGGAUAUUGGGAAUAAGGAGAAAUUAAAGUAAAUUGUUGCGCGACAUCAUUGACGUCAAUAAUUUUCAAAACACGACUUGUAAAGACUGGGCUGAGCUUUUGUGAUACUAGUUAGUCCUUGCCAUGUUUCUAUCCCCUCUCAGUUUGAAUGGCUAUCAGCAUAUAAUUAUUUAUGUAGCAUCUUUGAUUAAUUUUAUUGUUUGUGACCUGUAAUGACCUAAGAUUUUCAGAGCUGUGGUUUAUGUUAUAGUUAUGGUGUUCUAACAAUGCUCUGUUAAAAGUUUGAUGAUGUAUGCAAAAAAACAAACUAUUUUGUGAACAUGAGACAUCUGAAAAACAACAAAAUCUACUGGGACAUUUGUUCAGUGGUGAUUCUUCCCUCUUAAUUGGUACUUUUCUCUCUUAGACACUAGAACACUUUGUGAUAAUUUUGACAUCUACUGUGAAAUGUUAGCACAGAGUAUUAGGUUUGUAUCUAUGUUGUACUUUUAUCUAAAUGUUACUUUUUUGAACUGCGAUAUGUAAAAUUGGUAAGACAGAGAAACUUUACCAAAAAAAAGUACUAAUUUGUAAUUUAUUAUAUGUUCUUCCUUUGACUCCAUGCAUGAUAUUAAAAUAAAUAAAAAGGAGAAAAAUAA